AUGUUGGGACGUCACCGAUAUACAGCGAUAAUUAAACAGUAUCAUUUUUAUUGUAACCGUUUAAUUCAUCAUUUCGGUGCUACAGCAGAAUUAUCCCAGAAAAAAGCAAUUGGUGAAAAAAGGAAAUUCAGUCCACCAAAAGAAUUCAUCUUAGAUGGUUUUACUCUGGCUCCUGACGAGAACUGGAAUAUCUCUCCAGCGAUUCUGCAAAUGCUUGGAAGGAAGCUACUUUCUGAAGAAGGGAAUCCAUUACGUCUAUUAAAACAAGCUAUUGUUGAUCAUUUUAGCUCAAAAUAUUUUAAUAAAGAAAAUAAGCCUCUUUACGCGGUUUGUGAGGACGAGCCACGCGUGGUCUCAGUAUGGGACAAUUUUGACUCUCUCCUCACUCCUUCAGACCACGUAAGUAGGAGGUCGUCGGAUACGUAUUACGUUAACAAAGACCAUUGUUUAAGGGGUCAUACGUCUGCUCAUGAAUGCAAACUGAUUAACAGAGGACUCCACAGUUUUCUUACAGUCGGUGACGUUUACCGGCGAGACCAGAUUGAUAGAUCUCAUUAUCCAUGUUUCCAUCAACUUGAGGGGGUUCGACUUUUCUCAGGUGCAGAAUUAUUCGAUCCGUCUACUGGGACUAAAUUAAGAGAAGAUUUACAUUUGCAGCAUAUACUUUUCGAGGAUGGUUCGAGGACAAAAGACAAGCAGGAAACACACUCUAAUAAAACUGCUUUGCUGUUGACGCUGAAACUGAAAGCCAGUUGUUUAAAUGGAAUAAGUGUUGAAUUUCAGGAUACUCUAGAGCAGUUAUGUUGUGACUUAUUUGGUCGUAGCACGAAAAUGCGCUGGGUUGAAACGUAUUUCCCAUUUACACAUCCUUCCUUUGAGCUAGAAGUAUUCUAUGAAGACAGAUGGUUGGAGUUACUCGGAUGUGGUGUUUUAGAGCAGAAGAUUCUUGAAAAUUCUGGGGCCUCGGAUAAAGUUGGAUUUGCUUUUGGUUUAGGACUUGAACGACUAGCAAUGGUGUUAUAUGAUAUACCUGAUAUCAGACUGUUUUGGUCGCAGGAUUCUGGAUUCCUCUCGCAGUUUAAGGGCAAGUCUUCAAAAGAAAGCAUCAAGUACGUUCCUGUAAGUGUACAUCCUCAGGUGUAUCUUGAUCUUUCUUUUUGGAUGCCUGUCGAAAUUGAGCCAAAUGAAAUGACUGCCAACGCUUACGAUGCUAUUCGGUCAAUUGGAGGGCCACUUAUUGAGCAGGUAAAUAUUACGGACUCGUACAAAAACAAGAAGACGGGACGUCUGAGUCAAACUUAUCGUUUAGUUUAUCGCAGUCCUACAAAAUCUUUGACGAAGGAAGAGUGUAAUAAAAUUCACGCCAGUAUUGCAUUAUAUUUGAAGGAAAGGUACAAUGUAGAAAUUAGGUAA